AUGUCUCCCACUGACUCCAUUACAGACAGGAACGAAGACAACUACCAGCAGGUAUACGAGAAUGACAACUUCGAAGAGAACAAGUCAAGUCUGGGACACGAGAUGAUCGCUGGAGGAGCUGCUUUCGCAGGCUUCAAGGCAUUUGAAGACCACCAGCGCAAAGAAGGCAAGCCGGUAUCCCAUCAGUUCGCCAAAGAGCUUCUUGCCGGCUUCGCAGGCGCUGAGGUUGACAAGCUCGCCGAGACCAAGGGCGAGGACUGGUUCGACCGCGAGAAGGCCAAGCGCGACGCAGAGCAUCAUGCAGAGCGCAUGUACGACGAGCACUACAUCGACAACCAUGGCGCGGACCAGUACGACCCUCAGCAGUAUGGUCGCCCAGAGAAAGAGCUAGAGCGCGAUCUGGUACCGGAGUGGCGGCUCAAGUACUUAGACUACAAGGUGGGCAAGAAGAAGCUCAAGGCCAUCAGUCGCGCCCUCCGCAAUGUCGAAUCGACCCCACGCCUCCGCCGACGCGGCACCCAGAUCCUGCCCUCGCCCUUCGACGCCGCGCCCAAGUACACGUACCUCAACCGCGACCAGACGGGCAGCGCCAGAGACCCCGAGGACCUGAGGGCGCUUGCUAUCACCAACAGCCGCAGCCAGCACAGCCUGCGCCAGAGAGCGAACAGCAACCAGAGUGGCCGCACGCCCGAAGAAGAGCCAUUGGCACAGAGCGAGACGAACCGCCGCGACUGGGCACACAACUACGGCAGCUUUGAGGGAAGCACAUCUGAUGGCGCCACCAAGACCGGCACCUCUGCAGACAAGGCCAAGGCCCCGCCGUCCUUGAAGCUGCCUGGGGCUGCGCUCGACCCUGAGAACCCUUCCCCUCAAGGAGGAGCGGCGUCUGGCGCAUCACUGCGAAAGCAGAAGACAGUCACGCUUCCUCCGCCAGCAGAGAACGACAACGACAAUGCUUUCGAGGUUGGGAAGACGGUGUCGCCCCACAAGCAUCACAGCUCGCUGCCCAACCGAUACAAGAGCGUCUUCACCCCCAAGCGCAUGAACUCGCUGCCCGGCCCUAUCACCGAGCACAAGUCGCGCCCAUCGGUACGCCGUCUAUUCUCACUGAGCAGCAAGACUCCCCCGGACAGCCCAGGCGACGUCCCCCUCGAAGCCUACCGCGACCUUGACUUCCGACAAGCCGAGUUCUUCAACUUCCUCGAUGGCGAGCUGGAUAAGAUCGAGUCGUUCUACAAGCACAAGGAAGACGAGGCUACCAAGCGCCUGAACGUGCUACGCGACCAACUCCACAUCAUGCGAGACCGACGUAUCGACGAGGUCAUCAAGCGUCAAACGGACAAGAUCAAUGCGAAGGCCCACAAGAAACACGACGGGCACCAUGUGCUGAGCAACGGUCAGAACAGCAGCUCGGGCGACGAAAAUCAGCAGGCCAACGGGAAUGGGAAUAUUGGAAACACUCUCAAGGACACUUUCCUAAACCCCAUAGACGCCGCGUUGGACGCCAUUAACGCGGGCAAGUACGGGAAGAGCACCAAGAAUAUAACACAGCUUGCGACCCCAGCGGCUCUUCAGCCCAAGGACCAUCCCGAUAGCCGUCGCGACUUUGCUAGACGGCCAGAUCUGCCCGACGUGCCAUACCAGACAGCGAAGCGCAAGCUCAAGGUGGCACUGCAGGAGUACUACAGAGGGCUUGAGCUUCUCAAGUCCUACGCGUUGUUGAACCGGACUGCCUUCCGGAAAAUCAACAAGAAGUAUGACAAGACCGUCAACGCGCGACCGUCGUCGCGGUACAUGAAUGAGAAGGUCAACCAAGCCUGGUUCGUGAACAGCGACGUAAUCGAAGGGCACAUUCGAGCAACGGAGGACCUAUACGCGAGAUACUUCGAGAAGGGCAACCACAAAGUCGCCAUCGGGAAGCUACGCAUCAAGAUCGCACGAGCAGGCGAUUACACAGACAAUACAUUCCGUAACGGUCUGCUAUUGUCGGCGGGCGUCAUACUUGGCAUCCAGGGUCUCAUCAAAGCAAACACUAUUGCAGAUCUGCACAAUACUGACGGGAACGAGUUCGCAGUGAACACGAGCUAUCUGUUGCAGAUAUAUGCCGGCUACUUCCUCAUCAACUUCCUUCUUCUCCUAUUCACUCUGGCGUGUCGGACCUGGCACGAGCACAAGAUCAACUACGUCUUCAUCUUCGAAUAUGAUACCCGCCACCACUUGGACUGGAGGCAACUUGCGGAGGUUGGGGGAGAUCGACUCUAUCUCUACUACCCCGUCAUUCUUAUUGGUAUAUCGGUCGCGCUUUUGUUCAAUCCUCUGAGGAUAAUGUACUUCCGUACUCGCAUGUGGCUGCUGUAUUCCCUGUGGCGCCUGUUGCUCGCCGGUAUAUACCCUGUCGAAUGGCGAGACUUCUACUUGGGCGAUAUGUUCUGUUCUCUGACCUACAGCAUGAGUGGCAUCGCACUGUUUUUCUGUCUCUACGCGCACGGCUGGGACAAUCCCAACCAAUGCAACUCGUCUCACCUACGCGUUACCGGCGUCAUGACGACGUUGCCGGGUAUAUGGCGAUUGAUGCAGUGUCUGCGACGUUACAAAGACACCGGAAACAAGUUCCCUCAUCUGCUGAACGGCGGAAAGUACAUCGCAACCAUCCUGUUCUAUGUUUCCACCAGCAUCUACCGCAUGGACCAGAAACCAUCUACCAAGGCAGUUUUCAUACUGUUCGCAACCAUCAACGGCAUCUACACGAGCUUCUGGGACAUCUACUACGACUGGAGUCUCGGUGACCCACAUGCCAAGCAUCCCUUCCUGCGCAAGGAGCUGGGAUACAAGAAAGUGUGGUGGUACUACACUGCUAUGUGCAUUGAUCCAAUCUUACGGAACAAUUGGGUUAUGUACCUCGUCACACCCCUGCAGCUUCAGCACUCAGCGACUACUUCUUUCUGUGUCUCCCUCAGUGAGAUCUUCAGAAGGGGCAUGUGGUCCGUAUUCCGUGUCGAGAACGAGCACUGCACGAACGUCGGUCGAUUCCGCGCAAGCAGAGAUGUACCACUACCCUACUACCUCCCCUUGGACGCAGAAGAGGAAGAAGACCACACCUCCGGUAUCCCUCGAGCACCCACCCUCAUCGACGAAGAACAGCCCGACGAGGCUCGUCCCUACACUCCAACCGAGAACAACAACCAAGUCCGCCGCCCAGCUACAGCUUCAGGAGCAGACCUCGAACACUCCCAAUCAAAUACGCGCAAGCGCCGCGGCCCUCAAGACGACUUCCGUCCCUCUCCUCUCCAGCGCGCGUUCACUCAUGUCGGCGAAAUCUUCCGCGACGCCCACGCUGAGGACUUUGAGCGCAAGACGAAACCGGAGCUUGGCCGCGAUCCUCGCGAAUCGAAUAAAGCCGAUGACGACGACACGGAUGAUGAUUCGGAUAAUGAGGAGGAGCAGGAGCAGGAGGCGUUGGUUAACGCUGAUGGUAGUGAUGGCUCGGAUAGUAGACAUAGCAUUGCUGAAGUUGAAGUCGAUGAUGAAGUCGCGGAUGAAGAGGAACAGAGUGCGCUGUCGAGGAUACGCGAGGACUUCAAUAUUGGAGUUACUGGGGCGCGCAGUGAUCAUACGCAUCAGAAGUAG